AUGCCGGCCAGCAUGAUCAGUGAGAGUAAGAGAGUGGCUUCUCAAGCAGCCGCUAGCCUAGUUCAGAGCGUUCGAAAAGAGCGGGAUAAGGUCGUCGUAAGGACUGGAAGCAGUGACAGGGGAAAAAAGCAUGGCCUCGCGGAAGAGAUGACUCAGUCGGUGGCGGCGGGCAUUGGUAUUAUUUCUGAAGCCAUGCACCACCGAAAAGAGAAGAAGACAGAAGCUUCGGAUCGAGCCGAAUCUCCGCCUUUGCCAGGUAUUGUCAGCAGAACGGACUCCGAACCGAAACUGCUUGACGGAGGAACGGCGAAGUUGGACGGCAACGACCAAGAAGUCGAAAUGUCAAUGCCACUUUCAUCCCCUGCCAACGACACCCGUGAACUUGCUUCGGAAUUCAUCGAACGACAUCCGUGCACGAUUACUGGGGAGCCUGGGGGCAGACAGAGACUCUCACUACCAGUGUUAGUACCUCAGAGACGUCCCGAGAAGCGAGCUCGAGGGUUCAUCCGGGCUUAUGCACCCAUGCUAGCCGACGUGGGUAUUGAUCAAGACAUGUUCUUUGACUUAAUCGACACCUUCAACAAGUCAUUGGAGCCCAACCCCUGGAUCAACGCUUUUAAUCUGGCAGGGUUCGCAGGAGAAGCACUGCCCGACCCUGCAUCGCUGCUCUUUGGAUUCGCCGUCGAAAAUGCUACGGAAGCUAUCAUGGAGGGCCAGAGUCUGUUCUGCUCGAACAAAUUCUUGAACUGUGUCAAUGCAGAGGUCUUCAUCCCUCGCGGGUUAGUCUGCCUUGUUGUUACAUGGCAGCCUGACAAUGAUGGCAGCCAGGUGACAGCCAACUUGGUGGAGGUGGUGAAGGUGCCUCUGACCAAGCCUUUUUUAUUUCAGGGAAUACCAGAUGUCGCAGCAGGACGAACAUCGUCCUCAAAGGGGUGGCAAGAGAUGAAGAUGCACGUGGGCGAAUUGAUGAGGCCCACUGGCGGCGACUUUAAUUGGCCUGAGCCGGCGCCGCUCAUCUACCCGAACCUUGAAUGCAGUGCUCAGAAAUCAGAUGUCGGAGUCAAAAAGAAGAAUGCUUGGGAUAGAAUGGAAGAUUGGAUCAACGGCCACUCAGACAAGCGCGCCCAAGCCAGCUGGAUUGAAGAGAACAAAGGUUACCCGACGAUGAACUUGAUGCCAAAACCAAAGUUCAGGUCACGGUAUGCCGAUCCCAAUCAUCCAGCAUCUAGUGGCGAUCUUGUCUCGUUGAUCACGGGAGGUCGCUGGAGGUUUACUAACGAUGGAAAAGCCAAAUCCAAAAUACAAACAGAGAAGACAAGUGAAGAGCGUUCUAACAAAGAGAGGGAGAACCAGAAGAAGAAGAAAGGAGGAUCAGAAAAGAACAAGAAGAGACGUAGUCUAGAAGCGGAGCGAGGGGGAAAGGUCAAGGGGGAGAAGCAUGGGAUGACGGACUGUCAGAAGGGAGGCAAGAAAACCCAUGGUCGAAGAAGUCACAAAAAAGAUAUCGAGGUGGAAUUUGACCUGGGAAGUGGGGGCGUGAAGGAGGACCACGCCGAGGAGGCGAAGACGAGAGCUGCUUCUUUAAGCAAGCCUAGUGGUGUCUUCAAGGGUCUGUUCCAAAAGGACGUACUCUACCUGGCCAUCCUUAGUCUGUCAUAUGAGGAGAAGUCGACCAAAGACUGGGUUGGUCGGUCUUUACAGUAG